AAUGUCGGGAAAGAGUCUGUGAGGAAGAUUCGGGUCACAUCCGAUACGGCCUACUUCUCGAUGGCCACUCCAGAGGAGGCAUUGGAAGCUGUGCGAAUUCUGAACGAUUGCACAAUCAAGAAAUCGAAAAUCAGCGCUAAAAUCGUCAACGAUGAGCCACCGAAAGGCAGAGAUAUUCAACGAAGCAAUGCCGAUGAAUGUGCAUCAGCAGUUCAAAAGACUGCUCGAGAGAUUGUGACACCAUUUGCUGAUGUGGAGUACAGCGAGCAGUUGCAGUACAAAAUGGCUAAUGCAAGUCGAUUGACGAAAUCGCUCAUUAAUAUGAUGAAAUUCGCCAACAUUAAAGCUGCAUACUCGAUGAACUCAUCCCAUCUCAUCAAACCAAUUCGUCGAUCACCUCAAAUCGAAGGCUAUCGUAACAAAUGUGAAUUCACGAUUGGUCACGAUUUGGACGAAGCCGUUUGCGUGGGUUUUGUUGGUGGUCGAUUUUCAGCGAGUAAACACUACGUGGUACCGAUCGACACGUGUACGAAUAUCUCUGAACGCAUGAAGAAUAUUGUCUCGGAAUUUCAACAGUUCGUUGCGAAGAGUGGUGAAGAGGUCACUGACUUUCAACGAAUUCAGUCGUGUCGGUGUAUGGAGAAUGUUAACGGUUCGGCAGUUCGGCAACGAUAUCAUGCUUAUAAUUACCGUAUUUCCAAUUGA